GCGACGUUUGUAUACAUUCGACGAGUUUUUAAUGCGACAUUAAUUUAUAAUUUAAACAUCACACUUACACUCAUUAUACAUCACAAGAAAGAUUAAGAGAUUUUAAAGCAUCUGGUGUUCUUAUUUUAAUAUCAACCAUUUAUAAAUGGGGUGUGUCUUAUUGUGUAUUGCUAAGUUCUCUUUGAGAUAACUCUGUAUCCAAAGUCAUGUUGCCGGUGUCGUGAUACUUGAUGUGAACAGCGAUAACCAUAUUACAACAUAUAAACCAUAGUAAUGGUCUCUACUAGAAGUGUUAGAUACAAAUUCAGCGAAGGGGAACGCGUCUUGUGUUAUGAACCAGACCCCACAAAAGCAAAAGUGCUAUACGAUUCAAAGGUUUUGGAGGUGAUAGAAAGUAAAGACAGACGUGGUCGUCGCACCGUAGAGUAUUUGAUACACUUCCAGGGUUGGAAUUCAUCUUGGGACAGAUGUGUCAGUGAAGAUUUUGUUCUCAAAGAUACAGAAGAAAAUAGACAAUUACAGAGGGAUUUAGCAGAGAAAUCACAAUUACAACUUGGGGCAUAUUUGUAUCGACGGGAACGAAAGAAGGGUAAUAGCACUAGUUCAGCCGGUCCCGCCAAAAGACCACGUCACGGCUUCAGUGAUGACGGAUCCUCUAGUAGUACACAGCCCGAAGGAAAUGGUUACUCAGAAGCUGAUACAGUUGACACUGAUUCAUCGUCUGGUUCUAGUACACAGCCAAGCUCUCCGCCAAACUCUCACACAGGACGGGCCAACAUAGCAUUGCCAUCAGCACUAAGGGACCGUCUCACCUUCGACUACCACCUGGUUGUGAAACGAGGCUGUCUGUCUCGUCUUCCAGCUACUCCGUGCGCUGCUCAGAUACUGGAGUCCUACGUUAAAUGGUUUGCUCGAGCCGGUGCUUGGAACCCUCCUAGAGCGAGACACGAUCCACCACACAAACCUGACAUGUUGGAUGUUUCGUGCAGAUUGAACCUUCUCCGCGAGGUCGCUGACGGUCUUCGAGUGUACUUCGAUUUCAUAUUACGUACCCAUCUCUUAUACAAGCAAGAGCUGGAUCAGUACUACCAACUCUGCGGACAAUAUAUCGACGAGCCAAACAUCAAAUCGGAGCCAGAAGACGAAGACAGUCGGUCGCAGGAUGAAGACGAGAUCGAUAACAAACUGGCGGAAUACUCGCACCUGCCGCCUGACCCCGCUCACAAGGAAAACGGAGACGCGAACGCGUCACACGAUAACGACGAGGAGGACGAAGACGUGGACGUGGACGACGAGAAGGAAUACGAGAAGAGGGCGAAGAGCGAGCCGCGGACUGAGGACGGGUCUAUAGAGAACGAUGACCAACAUGACCAACAUGACCAACAUGACCAGAAUGACCAGCACAGCCAGAAUGACCAGCACAGCCAACCACAACAUGACCGUGAACAACACACACAGCGCGAACUAAACGACCACUGUGCCGCCCCUCGCCGAGGCAGCUUAGCGAGACGGCUCCGUUCCCACAAAUCUGUUGUGUCACAGUCGGAAAACGAGGAACCCGCUCCGUCCACCUCCACGGGGGAACAGAGGACAUUUGAAACACUAUCUUCGAGUGUUGGUAGCAGUGGCUCGUCUAUGUGUGAGAGUUGGCGGGCGAGGAGUGCUCCGCCCUCCGCGGCCACACAUCACAGGACACCGCUCUCACAGCUCUUAGAUAAGGUCGCGAAAUGGCAGAUAAUACCUCGUGAGGACACAGAACAUUUACCCUGUAGAGUUUACGGAGCUAUACACCUGGCGAGACUUUUUGUAAAACUGCCGGACUUCCUCAACGCGACGCAGAUGCCAGACUUUAAAUUAAAACUCGUUUUAAAGCAUGUAGAUAUGUUUAUACAGUACCUAGAGGAACAUAGUGAGUGGUUCGGAGACAUGUUCUAUGUGGGCGACGGAGUUUCGCGAUCACAUUAAAACUAUAUCAACAAAAUUAUUGAAGAUUGUUAAAACCUAAGAGAUUAUGAAGAUUGUUUAAAGAUUUUCUAUGAAUCUGCUUCCGAUCACGAUUAAGAGCGACUUGGUACAAAUAUAUGAUAAAUUUAUAUUAAACCGAUUCUGUUGUAUGUUCUUGAAACUAUAUAUUUUACCAUUAACUGAACGACGCCGGCUCUAUGGAGACGCUGUGUUAGGUAUGAGACAUGUUGUUCAUUUGUUGAUGUUUGGCAAGUAUCAUUUGCGGGGUCGAGCCUUAUUGAGAUAAUAUAUGGUAAUGUUAGAUGACAGAAUUAUAAUGUCGGAAGGCCGUUAGGUUUUUCUGGUUAUUAAUUUUGUUAGUUCUUUCGUUGUUUAUCGAUCUCAUCAAGCUCGCUUAUUUUUAUAAUAAAAUUGAAAAAUAAAAAUAUUAUGACAUAUAUUA